CCUCCUGUGUUCUGUAGAGCUUUUUGACAGACAGGAUCACAAAAAAAUCUCACAGAUUCAGCUGUCAUUACCAAGAGACAUGACAGAGGACCCAGGGAGUGUGGCUGCGACAACAUCAGACUACAGUGAAUACUAUGACAACAUCAACAAUUAUGGAGCACCAUGCAACAAUGGCAACACAAAGGAAUUCAGCAGGGUUUUCCUUCCCACCCUGUACAGCAUAGUUUUCAUUCUUGGCUUCAUCGGAAAUGGCCUUGUAGUGUGGGUCCUGAUCAGAUACCGUCAAAAAUCCAACAUGACAGAUGUGUGCCUCUUCAACCUAGCCCUAUCUGACCUUCUUUUUCUUUUGUCACUCCCUUUCUGGGCUCAUAGUGCAAUGGAGCAGUGGAUUUUUGGCAGUUUCUUGUGUCAUACCAUAACAGGUCUCUUCAUGUUGGGUCUGUACGGUAGCAUCUUCUUCAUGGUCCUUAUGACAGUGGAUCGCUAUGUUGUCAUCGUCCAUGCCCAUAGUAUCUUUUCCAGAAAUCGGUCUACAAAAAUGGGUUUGGUUCUGGCUUCAGUUGUAUGGGUGCUUAGUUUGUUUGCAUCUCUCCCUAAUAUUAUUUUUGCCAAAGUGAAAAAUGAGACAUCCAAAACAUCAUGCGGAUCUGAAUUUCCUGUAGAUGCCUGGAAGUCAUUUACUUACCUUAAGAUGAACUUCCUGAGCUUGAUUAUCCCUCUGAUUAUUAUGAGCUUUUGCUAUUCCCGGAUCAUCCCCACUCUGCUCAGCAUAAAAUCACAAAAAAGACACAAAGUCAUCAGACUCAUCCUGGCUGUGGUGGCAGUUUAUUUCGUCUUCUGGACUCCAUACAACUUUGUCAUGUUUCUUAUGUAUCUGCAGAUGAAAGGCCACUUGAAUACCUGUGAGUGGCAUACUAGUUUAAGCCUUGCCAUGCAAUGGGUGGAAACUAUAGCCUUAAGCCACUGUUGCCUAAAUCCUAUCAUCUAUGCCUUUGCUGGACAGAAGUUCAGAAGAGCAGUUCUUAAAGUCCUAAAAGAGCAAUUUCCAUUGUGCUUCAGCCAGUGCGCAACUUUGUCUCGACAGUUAUCUGAACGCAGAAGUUCAGUCUUCACCAAAUCUACUGAAUAUUCCUCCACACAGAUUGCUUAGAGGAAAUGUAUUCCCCCAAAGCUACUUUCUUUCUGAGUAGCUCAUUUUCUUUUUUUUAACUCUCUAAGUUCCCCUUUUUAAUGAAUGUAUAUUGAGUUCUUGAAAGUUGUCCUUGUUCUGUUUUUUCAUCAAUUUUGUUAACAAUAAUGAUAUAUGUUAAGUAGGAGAAUGCAGAAGUUGAAGUAGUUGCAAA